UUUUAAAGCUAAUAUUUGUUUACGUUUUAUCACCAACACAAAGCCAAAUCAUAUGGUAUAUGUGUUUUGAAAGUAAUUGUAAAGAAUAAAAUUUCAUAAAAUAUUCGUGUUCAUUGCUGUGCACAAGUUCAGUGAUAUUACUAAUGUUUUGACUGGCUUUGACGUGUGUCACUUUGUGUGUUUAGGUUACAAUUUCUAACAUGUAAAUAGGAAGAGUAUUUUGGUUUAAAUUCAAGUAAUUUCAGUGCAUUCAUUUAAAUAUGGGUAACGCUGGUAGUAGUGGUGUUCCAAGGGAUCGUCACAAGUCUGGAGAAACCGUUCCUUCGUCACCAUCGAAAGAAGAAAAUCAAGCAUUUAAUUUUGAUAAAAAGCCAGAACAUAAAGUGCUAUCACUGCAAGGUUCUCAGGAGGAUGAGGAACCAUAUUUCACAAAACCAGUUGCUAGGGAGGUACAAUUUGAGCCACCAACUAGACAAAGGGCAAAUACUGUAUCAGAAGGUACCACAGUUAGUGAUAAGACUCCAACUGUCUUUAGAUGGGAAGGGGGUGGCAAAGAUGUAUACAUCAGUGGUACUUUCAGUGAAUGGAAAACAAUUCCAAUGGUAAAAAGUCAUGGUGAUUUUGUAACCAUCAUUGAUUUACCAGAAGGCGAACAUCAAUAUAAGUUCUAUGUUGAUGGGGAGUGGAGAAAUGAUCCUGGCACUAAAGUUGUUGUGAAUGACAUUGGUACUAAAAACAAUGAAAUUUCAGUCCGUAAAUCAGAUUUUGAGGUAUUUGAAGCCUUGGACAAGGAUAGUGAAAAUGCUCCAGGUGAAAUGCAAAAAGAAUAUUCACAAGAAAUCCCUGCAAACAAACCAUGGGAAAAGGUUGCAGGUCCUCCCUUUUUACCACCCCAUUUAUUGCAGGUUAUUUUAAACAAGGACACACCAUUAUCUUGUGAACCUACAUUAUUACCCGAGCCAAACCAUGUGAUGCUGAACCAUCUUUAUGCAUUAUCCAUUAAAGAAGGGGUGAUGGUUUUAAGUGCGACACAUAGGUACAGAAAGAAGUAUGUAACAACACUAUUAUACAAGCCAAUUUAAACGAGAAAUAAACAAAUAAAAUAAGAUUAAUAUAUUUAUGUAUACAUAACUUGGCUUAAUAUUUUUAA